UAUACACGUGACUCUCACGGACCAAUCACCUUUCAGCUGCGACUAGCUGAGCGCGCUGGCACGAAAGGAGGAAAGCGCAUGAGGGUCUGGGUGUUGUGGUCGUCUGGUUCCCGCCAUCAACACAAUGACAGAUAUGAGGACAAAACAGAGACUGAGCCAUGCUCGGAAAACCUCACAAAGUCUGGUCUGUUCAGGCAGCCAGACAAGUGACGAGGGACCAGACGGCUGUUUUGUUGAGGGCGCGAUACUUCGCAUCGCCAUGAAAAACUUCCUGACAUACGACUACGCUGUAGUUCGUCCUGGACCAAACCUGAAUAUGAUUGUUGGGGCUAAUGGAACAGGAAAGUCCAGCAUUGUGUGUGCCAUCUGUCUGGGCUUAGCAGGCAAGACUUCUGUCCUGAGUAGAGGAGAAAAGGUUGGCGGUUAUGUGAAACAUGGAUGCAAUAAUGGAUCUAUUGAAAUUGAACUUUUUAAGCGUGAUGGAAAUGUAGUGAUCAAUCGAGAGAUCAACAUGGAAAAUAAUCAAUCCGUGUGGACGCUGAAUGGGAAACAUUCUAACCAGAAAACUGUUGAAGAAGCGGUCAAGGCUCUACGUAUUCAAGUCAGCAACCUAUGCCAGUUCUUGCCACAGGAAAAAGUUGGCGAAUUUGCCAAAAUGUCUAAGAUUGAGUUGCUGGAAGCAACUGAGAAGUCUGUGGGUCCACCGGAGAUGUACGAGUAUCACUGUGAGCUUAAAAACUUUCGCACAAAAGAACGAGAACUAGAGAAUGUCAUUAAGGAGAGGAACAGUUAUUUGGAGAAGUCAAAGCAGAGAAACGAGCGAAAUAAACACGAUGUAAACCGUUAUUAUGAAAAGAAGAGGCAUCUGGAUGUGAUUGAGUUGCUUGAGAAAAAGAAACCAUGGGUGGAGUAUGAAACCACCCGCAAGGAGCUUGAGGAUGUGAAGAAGGAGCGAGACCAGGUUAAAAAGCAGCUCACCGUCUUGAAACAGGCCCAAGUGCCCAUGUUGACAAAGCUCCAGUCCAUUGAAGAGCAGCUGAAGCCCACUGAAACACAAAUGAAAACAAAGAAUUCUGCAAUAAAAGAGGCCUCCCUGAGUUGUAAACGGAAACAGGAUCAGUUGGAUCGAAUCCACAAAGAGAUCGAACACAUAAAACAAACAUUUACAAUGAAGCAGACAGAAGAAGAAGAUCAGAGGAAGCGCAUCAGUAAUGCCAAAUUAACCAUAGAGGACUUGAAAGCCGAGCUCGCCAAAGUCGCCGACCAACCUGACCUCAGUCCCAGGACAAAUGCAGUCAACACUGAGCUAAGGCAUAUCCAGGUUGAGAAGGCAAGGGUUGAAGGAGAGAAAGCCCAACUUCGUAGAGAGAAGGACAACCUAUUUGCGGAGUUGAAAAUGUUGGAAAGAAAGUUAAGUGACUUGAACAACAUGAUGAACGCCAAAGAGGAGAAGCUGCGUGGACGCCACAACGACACGUACAAGGCUCUGCAGUGGUUCAGACAGAACAGAAGUCUCUUCAGUGGAAAUGUUCAUGAGCCCAUUAUGCUUGUGAUCAACAUGAGAGAUCAUCGCUUUGCUAAGUACGUGGAGACCCACAUCUCCUUUAAUGACUUGCGGGCAUUUGUCUUCCAGAGGAAAGAUGACAUGGAAAAAUUCAUGAUAGAGGUCCGUGACAAAAUGAACUUGAGGGUCAAUUCUAUUUUUGCUCCUCCGGAGUCAUGUUUAGGACGUCCUCCAUCGCGGAAUAUUGAGUCUUUGAGGCGUUUCGGUUUCUUCACCUUUCUUCGAGAGAUGUUUGACGCCCCCGAUGAAGUGAUGAGUUACCUGUGCCAUCAGUAUAAAGUGCAUGAUGUACCUGUGGGGAAUGAGCAGACCAAAGCCAUGAUUAAAACGGUGAUUGAGGAGCCCUACCUUAAGGUGUUGUACACAACAGAUGAGAGGUACACAAUAAAGAGGUCCUUCUACUCCAAGAAGAUAAACACAAGUAACACAUCAAUAUAUCCCUCCCAGUAUCUUAACAUCACUGUGGAUACUGAAGGGAAACAGCAGGCAGAGCAGCAGAUAAAAGUCAUCCAGUCAAGAUUACGAGACAUUGAUGAGAUUUUAAAGACGAUGCAGAAAGAAGCGUCGUCACUGGACCGCCGUGACAACGAGCUGUUAUCCGAAAAGAAGGAACUCUUGGAAUUAAAUGGCAAAAAGAGACAACUACAGCAGAAAAUCAACACCAAACAGGACAGACUGAGGCAGAUGGAGCAAGGUGGAAUUGAUCUGAAGAAGAUUCAGGAGGAAACUAAGGAGAAAAUUGCUGCUGCCAAUUCCCGAAAGAAAUCUGUAGUUGCUGGUUUAAUGGCACAAAUGAAGCUGAGAGCCAAGCUUACAAUGGAUAAGGUAUACUUGGCUUUGGAGAGUGUGGGGCUCUUCGCAGAGAAGACCAAGCUGGAGAACGAUUGUAGAGAAGGCGCCAGUGGACUUAAAGGCAUUGAUCAAAAAUACAGCUGCCUGGAGGAGAGAAAGGUCCUGCUGACAGAACAAUGCAAAGGCUUGCUCAAGAGAGCAAAAUCAAUUUGCACAAUGAAACCUGAUGAAGCGUUGCCUCAACACCUGAAAACUGCUUUCAGUAAGCUACCUGACACGCUGGACGAGUUGGACGCCAUGUUGAAUGAAGAACGGUCCAGAGCUGAAUGCUUUACAGGGCUCAGUAAAACUGUUGUUCACGAGUACAAACAGCGGGAACAGGAAAUUAAACAGCUUGAACAGGAGCUGAACGAGAAGAAUGUUGCGUUAACUGCUUUCAGACAAAACAUAUCAGAGGCUAAAGAACGCUGGAUCAACCCUCUGAAGCAGCUUGUGGAACAGAUUAACAGCAAAUUCAGUGAUUUCUUUUGCUCCAUGCAGUGUGCAGGAGAAGUGGAUCUCCACUUUGAGAAUGAGGAGGAAUAUGACAAGUACGGUAUCAGUAUACGAGUCAAGUUCCACAACAGUAGUAAUCUGCAUGAGCUGACAGCCUCCCAUCAGAGUGGAGGAGAGCGUAGUGUCUCCACUAUGUUGUACCUCAUGGCCCUUCAGGAACUCAACCGCUGCCCCUUCAGAGUGGUGGACGAGAUCAAUCAGGGAAUGGAUCCUGUAAAUGAGAGGAGAGUCUUUGACAUUGUCGUUCGCACCGCCUGCAAAGAGAGAACAUCCCAAUACUUCUUUAUAACACCAAAACUGCUGCAGAAUCUCAAGUACGCUGAACAGAUGACUAUCCUUUGUGUCCAUAACGGCGCCCACAUGCUUCCCCCUCACCAAUGGGACGAGGCGGCUUUUAUCAGGCGGUGCCUCCGAAGAAAAGCCAGAAACUAAUGAAUGACACUAACUUUAAUGUUCCGUUGAGAUGGGGUAGCUGUUUGAAGGACACACUCAAUGUGGGCAGACAGACAGAGAGAAUAAAAAGGUGGCCAGUUUUCAUUAUUACAGUUUUUUUGGACUGAUAAUUUCCACCCUGGCUGUAAUCUAAGAAGAUCGUUGGUUUCAACAUCCUGCAGCACUACCUGAUCAUCACCUGGAGCUGCAAAUGGAGCAUUGAUGUGGGCGCUCACAUGCUCUCACAGCAUUUUAACACCAGUCAUUUGUUUUUGAAUGCUUGUCCUUAUUUGUAUGGGUCCUGCAAAGGCAGAACAAUCCAUCAACAUUAAAGUAAAGUUGUAGCGUCAAUUUACAACUCAGGCUCACCUGUUGUCAUCACAGAUUGUCUCCCUUUGGUAUAAAACCUGAUUCUUUCUCCAAAACAAGUCUUUGUGUUGGUCAUAGAUGGACUUGAGCUGCAAGUCAAGGCUGUCGUGUGGAACCUGGUGACAGAAGAGCAUUUGUAUUUUUUAUUUUGAAAGUUCAGUCUAGUUCCAGACAUGAGCCAGUUCAAAAUGUAGCUCCAUGCAGCUCACCCCAUGCUCUUCAUUAUGCAUUGCACUUCGCCGGGUGCUCGUCAACGUUGCUGCAUCAUGGAGGCGCCCCCAGGGUUCUUCCAGUUGGGCUAUGUGAGUAGGCUUGUCGUAUGUUUGUCUCUUGAAAGGGAAAAACGGAAAACAAAUGCGAUGGUAAUCAAACCGUUCCAUAUACACAUUUUAUAUUUCUGACUUUUUUUUCUUUUUGAGUACGGCCCAAUUGUAAUAUAUUAUGUGAAUAAUAAUAUUAAACUUUUACUGUUAAUGACA